GACAUUGUUGAGGGUUAUUCUUCCUGGUGUUCGACUUCAUCAAGUCCUAGCUGCUCAGUCAACAAGUUCUAAUUUUCAUUGCUUUACUUCAACUUUUUCUGACAAAAUGGGUGGCGCUGGCUGGUUGUUCUUGUUCUCUGUACUAAUGGCAGCUGGUUUACUCUUCACGAUGGUUUUCUUCAUAAUCAUGUUCUCAGACCUUGAAUGCGAUUAUAUCAAUCCCAUAGAUCUUUGCAACAAACUCAACCAAUUCGUUCUACCAGAAAACAUUGCACACGCAUUCCUAACAAUUCUCUUUCUCCUCUCCGGUCAAUGGUUUGCAUUCCUCCUCAACCUCCCUCUAGUCUUGUAUAACGUCAACAAGAUACGCAACAAGAACCACAUGUAUGAUGCCACAGAGAUUUUCAGAACUCUUAGCGGUCAUAAGAAAGAGAGCUUUAUGAAACUAGGCUUUUACCUUCUUUCAUUCUUCUACUAUCUCUAUCGGAUGAUCGUCGCUCUUAUCUCUGAGAGCGAAUGAUUACAGGUGGAAGCUUGAUGACGAAUACCUUUCCGGAUACUUGGGGUAAAGCCUGUGCAAGUAACGUACAAGGCGCUCGCUGUCGUUUGGUUGGCUAUCACGAUCUACUUUCUUCACUACCACUUAUUAUGCCCGAGUUCACGCUAUCUCAUGCCCAUUCCAAGCACAACAUACUUGCGUGU